AUUUUGUUAACCAGUGAUAUGAAUGUGGAAGCUUAUAUUUUUGGUGGAAUAUUUCGAACGGCGCGUAGACACGAUACUUAAUUUCACGACUGGGCGGUACUUACACGGGGAGACAAAUUAACGGGAAAUGUCUAUCACGUCGGUCAAAGGUACCGACUGAAAAUGAGAUAUUAAACUUGAUAUGCAAAAAAAAUUGGUAGGCACUUUCUAUAUGGUAGUACCUACCGGAUUUUUAACUGUACCUCAAAGCUCCCACAAUUAUUUUUAUCUCGGGAUACUUAAUACUUAAUAGGUAUAUGUUUGAGUAUACGAGGUACGUAUUAGUUGACCCGAAUGAAAUAUAUAUAAAUUGCAUAUCUAAUAUGGUAAUUAGUACUUGUUUUUAUUAUUAUGUAAUUUAUUUAUUGGAUGCUAAAUAGUGAAAACAAUUUUCUUUGUAUAAAGUAAACACUUGAGACAAUAUUUAGUAGAUACUAGUGUACUAAACACCCUGUAACGAGGCUACACAACGAUAUUUGUUUCGAUUUUUAUUUUCAUAUAUUAAAUUUUAUAUCGAUUUUGAUAAUGAAAAACUGUUUAUUGUUAUUGCUACAUUUUCUAAUAAAUAUUUAUGUGAAAUUAUUUAUUGUCUUAUUUAUUACAACCCAUUUUAUUACCGAAAUAAAAUUUUCUAUUCAACUUAUACUUCAACAACUAAUUCUAAUAAAUCAUAUGGAAAACAGUAUCACGAUGUCGAAGUAUUUUUAUAUUUUCAUUUUGACUUUGAGUAUUUGCCUCUUUAGCUUCGUUGUCUCGACUGUACAGACCGAAAAUCAAAAUAGCGAUACUGCAAAUCCUGACGAUGCUUCCUCAGAACACAUAAGGGUGAAAAUAAGGAAAGACGUAGAGGAAAUGAUCGAUAAAAUACCAAAAUUGAGAUCGGCGGAUUUAUUAACGGAAGAUAAUGUUUUUGUAAAUUUAAAACCGUAUUUGAGCAAAUUGGAUAAUCAGCAAAUGGAACAAUUCAAAUCGAAAGUACAAGAAGUUAUGAGAAAAGUAGAAAAAAUAAUGACAUAACCUCGUAGAAAGUUUAUGAUAAAAUGAAAUAUUCAGGUGUAAAAGGUAUAAAAUAAAAAUCCGUACAA